UGCACUCCAUCGGGAAGAAGGCCGCGGUAUUUGGAUUGAGUCUACAUCUACCGAGGCUUUAUGUAGAGCACUCAGACGCCGUUGAGGUUUCCAGACUCUAACCGUCCAGACUUUGAUUUUGGUAUUCAAAAGCUAGAACAAGACUUUCCACGCCGUGGCUGGAGCUGCUGCAUUAUUGGUACCUCGCUAAUGCCGGUAACCCGUCUCACGCCUAUCAAGACCCUGGUCCCGCUGUCGCAAUCUAUCUCCCUCAUUCAAUCCCUCCUUCCACUCAUCUCAAUUGAGGUUUCUCCCAUCCCGUCUUUCUACAACACCUCAACCAGUGAACAGGACCACGAGCCCUUUGUCCUGGGCAAACCAUACCGGGAAUCCAAAUCCAAUCAUCCCGCCAUCGACUCAGGCUUCUUUCUGCCAUCGGCCAUCAUAUCUGGGUCUACAGGUUAUCCCCACCACCACGCAAGCGCUGAUCUCCUCGAUCCAACUUGUUGGCCGUUUUGCCCGUCGGUCCCUGCGUAUACCUCACGCCCACGUACGUACAUACCAUCAGAUUCACACCGGCGUGACCUUCACUUAUCGGAACGAAAAGCAAACGUCCAGCAUCCCAGCAUCCCAUCGCAACACCCGGGGCGGGCCCCUCGCCAAGUAGCAACCUCGCUGGGCAUAUCAAGAUCCACGAUACCUGCUGCACCCUUCCUGCCUAUCAUACCUCUCCCUCUCACGACAUCCAGGUCCACCGCCAGAUUAGACUUGUGCCAGAUUGUACCAGAUUGUGUCAGAUUGUGCCAGAACUCCAUCGACAAGAGGGACCAGCCAGCCAGCCCCCACCGCUUCACAAGUCACCCUUUCGCCUGUUCCUGGAUCCUCAUCUCCCCCUGGCUGCCUUGUUUUGACCCCUUCGGGCACACCCCGGCCAUUUCGACUUGUCGACCGAUCCACAGACGCCCUACCCAGCGAUCUUGUCCCCGGCCGGUGAUAUACAUACCCCCCGUACGGAGCCGCUCAAAAGCCCAACGGCAUCCACCCACACUGGACCUCCCGUCCCCCCGCGGUUUCCACUUGUUUCGCUAAAAUACCGAGGAACCCUGAUUAUUUUACCAUCCAGUUGGACCCGUGAAUGUCCAACCUCUUUCUUGCCUAGCUACCAUUCCAUGGACCUCCGACGCUUCUCGCAUCAGCAUCUCCUUGCCAUGUGUGAGCCUCGAUAGUGACCAUCAAGAACAGUACCUUACCUACCCAUCUACCUUACCUUACUUGCUGACGUGAGCCGGCACCACCACCCUUUGGCGUCAUUCAUACACCACGUCACGCGAUCCUUCCACCAUUAUCAUUCAUCCUAGCCCUGUGAAGGAAGGGCAUUGUUGUUGGAGUUAAGAGGUCGACGGGACGACAGUCGUUCCG